GGUGGCAAGAAGCUGGCAGCAGCCCCCGAGAGGCCCCUGGCACCAUGGACAAUGAUGAACCUCUUGAGCCUGAGACAACAGGUGAAAAGGCAUCCCAUCUCUCACCACUCCAGCCCUUCCAGGCUGCCUCAGUGUAAUACCCAGUGAUCACAUGGACCCAGAAACCUAGUGCCCUUCUUUCUUGGGACCCUCUAGAUUUGGGAUGAUGUAUUACAUUGACUUGGCUUCGGGACUUGCCAAACAGGGAGUGAGAGCGUUGAAUGCAUGUUGUGCUAGAAUUGGCUCCUACCAGUUCUAGUCGACUUUGAAUUUCAUUUUUUGAGCUGCUCUACAUCAUGUUGGCAGUUUGAAAUCACCCAUGUCGGGAACAUUUACACCACUGGAAUUGGCCAUUACUACACAUCAGAAUUUUUUUUUCUGGAGAGCCAGUUAGACAUUUACCAGCGUUCCACAGCUUGGAUGGAAUUCUAAAAUUGUUUGACUACUGAGGAAAUUAAGGCUCAGAAAGUCAUCACCUCUGGAUAGCUAAAUUUUCUGGCUAAUCUGCUGUAUGUCUUCUAACUACCAGGCCACUAGCUACUCCCACCCCUUAUUACACAGACCUUACCUUAUAGGCUGGGAAAUACAUGUUGGGGCUUGGGUCUAUAGACAAGGACUAAGAAAGACACAGACCUGUGUGGACUCAUUAGGAACUCCCGUCUUAGAACAAGGGUGGUCAAAACUUAGGACCCCUGCCACCAAUGCUCAGUCCACCCGAAGGAUAGGCUGUUUAGGUUCUGACAGGCCACCUGGCAGUGCAGCCUGGCUUCCCCAAACCACUGCUUCCCGCUGAUAUAGGACGAGCUGUGGACACCUGCGUGUAGCUGUCAGGAACCCUCAGCUGGUCCCCGAUCACUGGCCCAGUGGCAGAAAGUCCAUGUCUAGCAAGCGAGGGAAGCUCAGAACACGUGUAUUUAAUUAUAGCAAUGAAUUUAACCCCAGGGGGAUUUUGCAAGCCCUGCCUUCUUCGUGGUCAUAAAAUAGAUGUAGGGUUGGAAGGAGGAGAAGCUACGUCAAAGUCUUAGGAAUCCAGUUAUCCCUCUCGAUUCCUGAGACCGCUCCUGUUCCGGUUUAUUUUACCUUUGACCGAGUCGCCUGCCCUGCCCGUGGCCUUCACCAUCAUUCAGAGCAAAGCAACUCUGAACCCCACCCAAACCAGUAAGAAAGAGAAGAGGGAGCAAGAAGCCAAAGUCCGAGUCAGGCCCAAAGUGGGGAAUAGAUCAGCAAGUCUCCAGAGAACACGAGGAGGGGUAGCAUGCGACCCCACGGAUGCUGGGGGCGGGAGGCAGCAGUGCUGGGGAGGAAGGGCUUGCAGAAUGGAGUCCUUGGUGUCUGGAGCCACGUGCAGCUGGGGGACAAAGGCUGCAGCCAGGACCUGGGAGGCAGAGGGGGAAACCGAGGUGGAGGGAAGUGGAAGUGGCUCUACCUGAAAGGCUGGCGGGUUUCAUUUCCAACAUCACGGAGAUGCGUUUUUCUUCUAGAGGAGACUGGAACCCAGGCGACACCACAUAGCAGUGAUGAAACGCUCUACUGUGAGGCCGAAGCCGCCCCGGCCUCGGAUAAAGGGAAACCCACCCGGGAGAGUUCAGAAACAGACCUCGAGAUUGAAGAUACUGAGAAAUAUUUCACCACCGGGCAAAAGGAGCUGUACAUGGAGGCCUGCAAACUGGUGGGCGUAGUGCCUGUCUCUUACUUCAUCCGGAACAUGGAGGAGUCCUACAUGAACCUCAACCACCAUGGGCUGGGCCCCCACGGUACUAAGGCCAUUGCGAUCGCCCUGGUGUCCAACACGACUCUGAUCACCCUGGAGCUGGCAGACAACAGUAUCAUGGAGGACGGCAUCCUGAGCCUGGUGGAGAUGCUACAAGAGAACUACUACCUCCAGGAGCUGAAUAUUUCCGACAAUGCUCUUGGUUUUGAGGGGGCCAAAGUCAUCUCAGAGUUUCUCCAGAAAAAUUCCUCUUCACUCGUGAGCCUUCAGCUAGCAGGAAAUAAGUUCAAGGACCAAUCUGCAGAGCUGCUCUGCCAGGCCCUGUCGGCCAAUUACAGAAUUAAGGAAAUGGAUCUCAGCCACAACGAAUUCUGUGACAAGGACGGGGAGUUCCUGGGAAGCAUGCUGGCCCUCAACGUAGGGCUCCAGACACUGGACCUGAGCUGGAAUCACUUAAGCUCACGGGCAGCUGUGUCCUUGAGCAACGGUCUCCGGUCCAACGUGACCCUGAAGACACUAGAUAUCUCCAUGAAUGGCUUUGGGAACGAGGGGGCUGCGGCCCUAGGGGAGGCCCUCAAAUCCAACAGCUCCCUGGCCUACCUAGAUGUCAGCAACAAUGACAUCGGCAACGAAGGGAUCAUCAAACUCAGCAAAGGACUGGAGUUCAACGAGUGCCUCCGAACUCUGAAGCUUUUCCUGAACCCUAUGAACAUGGAUGGAGCUGUGUCACUUAUCAUGUCCAUCAAGAAGAACCCCAGAUCCAAGAUGGAAAACCUUGACAUUUCCCAUGUGAUGGUGUCCGAGCAAUUUGUGAAAUUCUUAGAUGGGGUGUAUGCCGUCCACCCCCAGCUGGACGUGGUCUACAAGGCAAUCCAAGGCCUCUCUGCCAAGAAAUCCAUCAUCCAGUAUCCAAACCCCAUGAAACUGAUCCAGAGCUAUGCCGACCAGAACAAGAUCAAGGUCCUGGACUUCUUCAAGAGCUUGACCCCUACUGGGAUGAUGAAGAUGCCUGUGAGCGAGUUCUUGAAAGCCAUGAUACAGCAAAACAAGAUCCCCCUAAACCGGUUCCAAAUCAGGGAGCUGAUCAAGCGGCUGGAUGACAAGAAUGGCAACAUGAACUUCAGUGUCUUGGAAGUGGCGAGGCCAUAGCAACAAGUCUGUCCUGGAAAGAAGUUUCUGUGACAGAGAAGUCCUGGCAAAUCGGCCAGCGGCGAGGAGGAGGAGAGCUGGCUGAAACUGCAGUGGACAAACACCGAGGCCAGGACUGGGAGAGAGCCAAUAAAGUCUGGCUUGAUCUCGGCGUCUCUGGGCUGCUGCUGGUGCACCCUUCCCAGGGGAGUGCCCUCUGGUUUUAGGGAGCGUGUCCUUGAGGGCCUCUUUAGGAACCAGGAAGACACAUUGGGGAUGCAGUGGGGUUGCUAGGCGGCAGGGAAAGAGCCGUGGGGAGGAGGCCAAUGCAUAGAGACGUCGUGUGGUCAUAGUAAUUGUGAACUGUGUCGAGGGGAGAGAUUUCAAGGUGCGGGAAGCAAUGGCAGAGGGAACAGACGCCCAGGAGAUGCGGACAGGGGCCUUCAGGAGCACACGCCGAGGGGUCACGUGUAGGAAGCCAGGCCGGGAGGCGGAGAGACCUGGCUUCUCGGUGAGGCCCGGCACUACCCGGCACCUGGCCUCGGAGCCUCAUGGUUCCACCUGCGAAGUGAGACAGCUGCAACCGGUUGUAGGGACCUCCCACUCCACGUUUUUCGGGAAACUGGGGAGACAUGAGGAGCUGAGCAAAAUAGCCAAGUACAGCAUACUCUGAGCAGGGGAGGUGGGGGGGCGGGUAACUUAAAGGGUCUCGGUUAACCUCAUCAGUUACCUUUGCGGAUGAAGAACAGCAGGGACUGUCUCUGACAUCCCUGUAGCACCGCAUGGUGCCUGGCAGAUAGUAGAAGCUCAAUAAAUACCCGUGGAGUGAACAGACACAUUCAUCUGGCAAUUGUUUUGAGCGAGUGGUGGGAAACUGGGGAAGUCGGGGGUGUCCAGGAGCUGGCACUUCAGAGCAGCAGAGGUGUGCCGGACGGCACCCAGGAAUCAAGCCCCAGCCGCGGGUGUCACUCUGCUGCAAGGUGGGGGGUGAUGCCCAGGCCUCUCCACAUCUGUGGCAGAAUCAUGACUUGAAACGAUGGAUGUCCCCCUUCCCACAGCAUGUUUUCCCCUUUCCCAUCCUUAUUCAAAGUCUUCCCCUGAAGUUGAUGGUACAGGGCCGUGGUCGGC